UACAGAGCGUUCAGUGCACAACUUAAAAGUUGUUGAAUCUUAUGCAUGGCAGCGUUUCGUCUUUAACUCAACCAAGAAGACAUCGAAGGAGAAAGGACUGAAGAGGCAAUUAACCAGAAUCUCGUGACCUGGACAACGUGACACGGAUGUUUAUUAAAUUAUACGGAAGUAAACGGAAAAGUCCGUAGCGAAAGCACCACUUGAUAACAGCAAAAUUAUCUGCCAAUUCAUCCCUUGAUAUGAAAUACACGUUGUUUUGUGCCUAUUUACUUACUCACCUAACAUUGGAGCAAGUAACGGAGUCACAUCUUCGUAAUGGGGAGAGAAAAUGGCCAGUACCGUACAGGCGCUUUGAUCGACGUCCAGAAGUGGAUCCGUUCUGCCAGGCGUUAUAUCCCUUCUGUCCCACUGGUGACAGCGACAGUCGGAUACCUUACAUGCGAGAUUCUGAUAUUAUCUCAGUGUUUCGACUCCAAGCUCCUGUGUGGGAAUUUAAGUAUGGCAACCUAUUGGGGAAAUUUCACAUCAUGCAUGAUGCAAUCGGAUUCAGCAGCACAGAGACUGGGAAAAACUACACCAUGGAGUGGUAUGAAUUGUUCCAGCUGGGAAACUGCACCUUUCCUCACCUAAGGCCAGGUGUCAGUGCCCCCUUCUGGUGUAAUCAAGGUGCUGCAUGCUUCUUUGAGGGGAUAGAUGAUAUGCAUUGGAAACAGAAUGGAACUUUGGAGAAAGUGGGUGAAAUCACAGGUGACCAGUUCAAUGACAUGGCUCGUUGGGUCCAAGAGGACAAUGAGACUGGGAUUUACUAUGAAACCUGGACUGCACGUUCUGACCCAAGUGUGAAUGCAACUGUAUGGUUUGAAUCCUAUGACUGCUCCCAGUUUGUGCAUCGAAGUUAUCGAAAGCUAUCCGAGUUGGGUGCUAAGCUCACAAGCAAAACGCAAACAAACUAUACUAAGAUCUACUUGUACAGUGGAGAGCCCACCUACUUGGGAGAUGACGAUACCAUCUUUGGUCAAGCCUCCAUGAAAUCUCUGGCUUGGGACAUAAGGAACUUCUACCAUGCAUUUCAGCCCCAUCAGUCUAUUGUGGAUACCAUUAUUAGCAUCAUUGAUGUCUAUGAAAAGUUGAUCUUGGAGAAAAGCUUCUAUUUGUUCUAUAACUUCCAAUAUUGGCACCUGCCCAUGAAGCCACCAUAUGUUCAAAUCACGUAUGAGGAAAUUCCUUUGCCUUGACUGAGAAUCAAGUUAGAAGUGAGGUUUUACAUCUUAUAUGUGCAUAUCCAUGUCAUUGUUUUUAUUGAACUUAUGCACUGUGAAUAUGUUGCAUUAACAUUUAUUUCUUUGGCAGCCCCUGUAUCCACCCCCACCUCAAGCCUUGUCUUGGAGCCUUGGAUAUGUGCAUUGUCUAUGUCUAGUCAAAGAGUGUUGAAACCAGCAGAGAAGGCCUCACAAUUCAUAGCUAGUCUUAUCUUAGGUAUUGCUCUGUCAGCACACCAAAGGUUAGCAAGCUAGUUCAUAUUAAUUGUUCAUCUUGGAAUGAUUUGGGAAUUGUUGCCAUGAAAAAAAUAAAUGCAUUAAAAUUU